GGUACGGGGCGAGCCUGCCAGCACCUCGGAGAGGCCGCCCCCGGUCUCCUCCGCACGCAGCGCGGCUGCCAGAAAACCCGCGCCGUUCCCGCGCGCCCAGUACGCCCUGAGAAGCGCGCGCGCGACCGGCUUAACGGUUCUGGCCCCGCGGGCCUGCGGCCGCGCUCGAGGCCAGCCACCCGAGGCCCCGCCCCGCGCCCGCCUCGCGCCCCUCGUAGCCGCCGUCGGCCCCGCCCCCGCCCCCCCCGUCGCCCCCGGCCUGGAGCGGACUCGCGGCGGGAGCCGUUCCCCGACGGGCAGCGGGGCGCUGGGUCGCCGCGUUUGGGCUGAGCGCGGCGACGCUGCUGCCCCGAAAUCCUCCCCGAUCUUGAGGCGUAUGGAACCUCAAGGUCUUUGUGAUAAUGGAAACCAAAAAAUUGAUUGGUAAACCGCUUCAACCAGCAAGACCUAUUCGUCAUCUGACUUCUCCCCCUGGAGCAGUAUUCCCUUUCAACUUUCAAAAUGAAUAUUCAUGCAACACUCAGUGCUUACAAAGUGGAGUUAGCAGAUGUAAGACAAAUGGAAUGCAAGCCUUUUCUCAAGGUCAUAAUGAACAACAGCAACAUCAGUCUCCAGUUAAAAAAGAGAGAAUUAAAUACAGCAGAGAUUUCCUGUUGAAGCUCUCGAGUGUUUCCAUCUGCAGGAAAAAACCAGACUUUCUGCCUGAUCAUCCCAUUGUACUUCAAAAACCAGAAAACCGCCAAAGUUUUAAGUAGCAUUUUAAGAACAGAUGAAUUUGAAGAUAAAGAAUUAUUCGUUUUCUAUUUUGGACACCUGCAAAUGAAGUGGAUCUAGUAACAAUAACUGUAAUGGACUGUGACAAUUCAGUUUAUUUUUAAUUUUGAUGGUUGGGUAUUUGGUUUCUCCUAAAAUAUUUUAAACUAUAAAGAAUUUUCUAAUCAGUUGCAGCUUUGCAGGCAGUUUCCUGCAUAAAUUGGAAAGUAACACGGGAAAGUAAGAAUUUGGUUAGUAAAGUGGGAAGGCUGUAUUUAUAAUUUGCAUGCUACUUGCAAUUUUUUUUUUCAUCUCUUGUAAUAAUGGAAUGGAAAUGUAAGCUGUAAAGAUUCUCAAAUAUAAAGUAUUUGCUAUAAUGUAUAUAUGGCGCAUAAUUUCUUGUUGCUUUUAAAGUUGGCUUUUGUUCUGUUUUCCACUGAUUUCCUACCAGCACUCUGAAAGGAUCUUCACAAUCUCUCCAGAGGCUUAAAAUGACCCAGGAUGUUCAAUGCAUAGUUCUCAAUGACAGGAAGAAUAUUUUAAUAGGUAUUUCUUUGGUCUCCAGGUUUUUGAUAAAAUUAUUUAAGAUUCAUAAUUACUAGCAGAGAUUGACAAUUUGGAAACAAUGAAACUUAAGGUGAAAAAUAGCUGCUACUUGUUGUCUGUAAUCAGACCCCAUGAACAGAAGUUGGGCAAUUGCAAAAUAAAACUGAUAUUUUUAUUUCCAAAAGAGGAAAAAUUUAGGCAUUUGCAAAUAACUGAGGUACAUUGUUUCAAUUCUAUAAUUUCUUAUGACAAGAACAUGUAUGGAUGAAGAAUUUGGGGGCUAAACUUUUAGCUCCUAGAAAUUUUAUAUAAAAUUUCCUGCAUUUUGUCACUCUGGAUGUUACUAUUGAAAAAAAGUUUCUUCCAGCAUAGUGUCAAAAAAAAAUUGCUGAUAUAAAGGUAAGUGUAAACUCUCCCUACUUCUAUUGUCUCAGAUCCCCAGGUCUACUGGCAAGGCAUUCAAGACCAUCAUUUGGCAGAAAGUUUAUGAUAAACUGAAUUCUGAACUCCUAAAACCACCGGUCUUUGGGCUUGUUACCUGGAUUCAGGCUUUAGUCCAUGGUAGGCUUCCCAUUUUGGUCUUUUAGUACACUACUUUUCAUUACUUUGUUCCCCCCCAAAUUUUUUUUUAAAUAGGGAAAAAAAAUACAGUAAAACCAUAAAUUUACGGGUUACUUAAAAAUGAUACAUUUAAACCUAGGGCCCAGAUUUUUCAUUUAUUUUUUGUCCUAUUUUCCCUUUAUAUUAUUGUAGGUUCCAGUGUGUAUAUAUGUAUAUAUACACACACACAAUUUAUGUAUAAUUUGUAUAAGAGCUGGAGCCAGUAUUAACAUAAUUAAAUUGGUUUGCUUUAUUAUUUACCUAUUCUCAAAAUUUUUUUUUUACUCUAGUUAAAAAAACGAUGAUAGAACCUAUUCCAGUUUGGAAUCUAAAGAGCCCUUCCACUCAGCACUGUUACUGAGGGCAGAAACCUUUUUAAAGUCAUACCACCAUUGUACUUUGGAAACUGCCUCACACUUAAAAGACUUAGGUACUUUCUGAAUCUAAUAUUUAAAUAUGUUUUGAUUGGCUAUAAUUUGUAUUUUUUGAAACCAUUCAUAACCAACCCUUUCAAGAAGAGUUUUAUGUCAAAAGUCACUGUAUAUAAUCAGAGUGAGAUUGCAAAGACUGUUAUAUUAUCUGUUUACCUUUGUACAUAUGUAUAGCUUGUUUGAAUAAUCAUUGUACAUCUCCAUUAAUGUUCUCUGCUUUGUAUAUAAAUUAAAAGAGUUGAGCCAGGUGUUGUUUCAUAGUGUUUGUCAUCUUUAGAAAUGACCAGAGACAGACAGAUAUAUAUAUACACACACACGCUUUUGUGUCUGUGUGUGUGUAUAUGUCAAAAUUUACUGCCCUUGUCUCGUAGAAGCUAUGAAAACAAUUUUUACUUAGAUGGAUGAGGACCGAGGGGUAUACAAAGGUAUACCUUUGAUUAAGCUAAUAUUCCAUAAAUUCGUUUGAGAAAAUAUUUUAGGUCAGAUUUUAUAUUUAAAAAUAUAAUUUAGUUCAACCUUCUGAGUUUUCCCAACAGUAAAAAAAAAAAAAAAAAAAAAAAAAAGUUUUUCCUUGAAGACCUGUGGUUUCAAAGGAAUUUGGACUAUAGAAUAACAUGGUAACAAACUUCAUAUGCCCUGGAUUUUUAUUAGCAGCAUUUAUCAGAAGACAUUUUAUUAAAAAUAUAUGAGCUUGUAUAGCAAAUAUAUUAGGUACACAGAACACACCAACUGUUCUGGUGAAACUAG